CCUUCUCGCCCGCAGCCCGGCACCAUCGAGCAGGCGGUCAGCGAGAUCCGGGUGGUCGUGCUGCCCGCCGAGGACGGGGAGGUGCAGAGCGUGUGGCUGCUCACCGAAAUCGACCACUGGAACAAUGAGAAGGAGCGCCUUGUCCUCAUCACGGACUGGUCCCUCCUGGUCUGCAAGUACAACUUCAUCAGCCUGCAGUGCCAGCACGUGACCAGGAUUGCCCUCAGUGCUGUGGACACCAUCUCCGUGGGGGAGUUUCAGUUCCCACCCAAAUCUCUGAACAAGAGGGAAGGUGUUGGUAUCCGCAUCCAGUGGGACAAGCAGAGCCGUGCCUCCUUCAUCAACAGGUGGAACCCCUGGUCCACCAACAUCCCCUACGUGACCUUCACUGAGCACCCCAUGGCAGAUGCUGACGAGAAGAUCUCGUCCCUGUGCCGGCUGGAAAACUUUCAAACACAGCUGAUCCAGGCUGUGAAGAAAGCCCACAAGGAGGGCCCGGUGCCAGGAAGUGCUAACGGGGUGUUGGUGCUGGAGCGGCCCAUCCUCAUCGAGACCUACCUGGGACUGAUGUCCUUCAUCAACAACGAGGCCAAGCUGGGAUACUCCAUGACAAGAGGCAAAAUUGGAUUUUAAACCCCCUGGCGUGUCACCUGUUCAAGGGCAAUGCCCGCUCUUCCCAGUCCAUGAAGUGCCAUUGGAACCUGCUGCAACCCCCAGCAGAACCUUUGUGCCACAGCCCUGCUGUAUCCCUGUGUACGGUGUCAGAUCCUGUCGUGUGCUUGGGACUGCUCUGUGCUGUUUAAGAGGAAUUGCUGUUCCAGUCACCAUGGUCUCAGUGCUCUGAUUAAUGCCUGUUAGGAAUUUUCAAAGCUGUCAGUCAGUCUUUAACAGUAUUUGCUGGCUUUUGCUAAAGCUGCACUGUUCCACCUGCUCAGCAGCAGUUUGUGAACUCAAUAUGCAUUUCUGAGCUUCUUGUAAAAAUCCCUCUAAGAACCUACUGGAACUUCCUCUCUGUUUCUUUGCUGCAGCCACAGAAUAAAGACUUUUGUGAGAGAACAUUGCCAAAAGCCUCAAAAACACGUUUGCCUUCAAAGCUGUUCUUUGUAGAACUGAAAAGGAAUUCUAUUUUGGUUAGAUGAUACUCUUAGCCAUUUUUGUUAAAUCUACUCUAGUUUGGGCCAGGACUUUUUAAUGGAGACAGAAGACUUUCAGCACUAUGUGUCAGCCUUGGUUCGUACACUCCUGCACUGAAC